AUGAGGGCGCUAGUGGUAGCCGGCACGCAUGGCGGCGUGGGAUGCACCUGGUUCACCCUGGGCCUAUUGGCGGCGUUGCGGCGUCGAGGCCUCACGGUGCAGCCUCUGCGACUCGGCCCAGAGCCACUGGACGCGGCGCCCUACGUGGCGGCGUGCGGUCGAGAGCCCAUCAAUCUCGACGCAUGGAUGGCCCCAGGGGACCUAACUCGCGCCUUGUUCAACCGGCGCGCGGCCGGCGCGGAUGUAGCGGUGGUGGAGGCGGCGGGCGGAGUGUUCGACGGGUGGGACGGCGGAAGGGCGGACGGCACGGGCAGCGCGGCGGAGAUGGCGAAGCUGCUGGGGGGGCUCCCCGUGCUGCUGCUCCUCGACGGCCGGUCUGCCGUGCGUUCCGCCGCCGCGCUCAUCCACGGAUUCACGUCCUUCGACCCGUCGCUCACGUUCGCGGGGAUGCUGCUCAAUAUGGUGGAGAGCGAGGCGCACGCGCAGUGGAUGUGGGACGCGCUCUCCGCCGCCGACGUGCGCCUGCCGCUCAUCGGCGCGCUGCCCUUCCUCCCGCACCUCUCGCUCUCCGCCAUCCUCUCCUCCCCCUCCUCCCCCACCCACUCCCCCCCUUCCUCUCUCCUCUCCUCCCCCGCGCUCCCCGACUCCCUCUCCUCCGCAUCCUCCCCGCCAGUCUCCCCCGGCCCGUCCCCCCAUCUAUUCUCCGCGCUAGCGGACGCUGUGUCGCAUCACGUGCACAUUCCGCGCCUCCUCUCCGCCUGCGCCUCCAUCCUGCUGCCUGCGCCGUCGUUUCCGCUCUCGUCCCCCGGGGGGGGCCCGGGCGGGCGGCGCAAGGUGGUGCGCAUGGGGGUGGCGCGCGACGCGGCGUUCUGCCUCGUGUAUCAAGAGAACCUGCUGCUGCUGCAGGAGGCGGGAGCGGAGCUUGUGUUCUUCUCGCCGCUCGUCGACCCCCUUCCGCCGCGCCUGAACGCCGUCUACCUGCCGGGAGGCCGCCUCGCGCCCUUCGCGUCUCGCCUCUCCGCCAACCGCCCGCUCCGCUUCGGCCUGCGCGCGUUCGCCGCGGCGGGCGGCUUGGUUCUGGCGGAGUCCGCGGGCACCGUGUUCCUCGCGCACUCGCUGCAGGGCACGGACGGCGCAGAGUAUCCUAUGUGCGCGCUGCUGCCCUUCACCGCGCGCGAGCUGCACGCGCCACCCCCCCCUUCGUACUGCCUGGUGCGCCCGUCCCUGGGCUCGCCGCUCUUCGACCCUUCUCUUGCGCCCAUCCGCGGGUGCCUCGUCGCGGUGGCGGAAUUCACCCCGCUGCUCAACCACCCCGCGCCGCCGCCCGCGCCCCCGCCGUUUCAGCGCCCCGAUCUUUAUGGCUUCCCCACGGAGCUCGCGUCCCCCUCCACCGUGCGCCGCGCGCAGCCUGCGCCCUUUCCCCCCAGCGACGCCAAGGACCCGCUCGCGGGCGCGGCGGGGGCAGCGGCGGACGGUUCAGGCGCGGUGCGGCGGGAGGGCGUGGUGGUGGGCGGCGCGGUGGCGUCGCAGGUGCACCUGUGCUUCGCGUCGAACCCCUGCGCCGCGCCUGCCGUCAUUCAGCACGCGCUGUAA